UGCUUGAUUUUUGAGUAAAGAAGGGAUAAUUUAUUUGGCUUUCUUCUUCUUCUUCUUCUUUUAAGGGACUCUUCAGCAGGGAGGCAGGUUCUUUAGACCCACACCAGCUUUGUCAAAUUCCGGACAAAAAAAGCGCAAAUUUUGAUUUGUACGCAUCGGCAGAUCGAGUUUGACGUUUGAACUCAGGACAAAUAUCCUUGACCAUGACUAUUCUUCUUCUUCUUCUUCUUCUUUUAAGGGACUCUUCAGCAGGGAGGCAGGUUCUUUAGACCCACACCAGCUUUGUCAAAUUCCGGACCAAAAAAGCGCAAAUUUUGAUUUAUACGCAUCGGCAGAUCGAGUUUGACGUUUGAACUCAGGACAAAUAUCCUUGACCCUGACUAUUCACCGGAAGUCUUUUACCGUGCUCAAGCAUCCAAAUUGGAGAGUGCAACAAACAGACUAAGAUUUGACAACAAAUUGACUAAAUUUUUCUUUUUUUCUUUUUUGUUUUUUGGUAAUGACUAAACCCCACUUUUCAAACAUGGUAAACAUAGCAUUUUUUUUUUUAACAAAUUCGUAAAGUUUUCAAUGAUUGCAAAGGGGGUGAAAAAGGAGAUGGAGAUGAUUGUAGAGGGGGCAAUAGCAGGGGCUGGGUUUUUGAGUGAAAAAUUGAAGAAAUUGGAAGAGGUGAUGUUGGAUUUUGUUUGGAUAAAUUUAGGAAAAUCGGUGGUCCUUAUUCCUAUCAUUUCUGGAAUUGUAGUCCCUUUGCUUCCUUGCUUACAAUCCUCAUAAUUUGUUUGGCACUUUGUUCAUAUUGGAGAUGAUGAAGAUGAUUGCAAAAGGGGCUUAAAGGAGAUAGAGAUGAUUGCGGAAGGAGCGAAGAAGAGCUGGGAUUGGGGAUUAAGAAACGACGUUGUUUUGG